AGUGGUCCAGGCGGCGGCAGCAGAAAUCGGCCUUGGGGGUACGAUGCGAUGCCUGGGCCUUGGCGGAUGAGUCGGUUUUGGAUCUCCGGGGCAGUGCUGGGCUUCUUAUGGUGCUCUGCUCUGCUGAAGGCAGCGCCUGAGUUUUCAGGUUACCUACAGAAGGUUUUGAAAAAUCAGACUGCCCAUGCCUGCGAUGGGAAACAGCUGACCAUCAUUUGCCCUCACAAAACUUCAAUCAGUGUCCUCUCUGCGUUCUACGGGCGCCGGGUGCCCAGUCAAAACCUCUGCCCAGCCUCAGGAGAGCUCACCUCUGAGAGCACCGAUUGCGUAUCUCCUACAGCUCGCCAGAAAUUGAUGGAUGAGUGUCAAGACCAACGCUGGUGCCAUUUCUCUGUCCACAGCCGUGUUUUUGGGCCAGAUCCAUGUCCAGGGACACACAAGUACUUGGUUGUUUCGUACAAAUGUAGGCCGGCUAACCACCGCCUCAAGACCGCCUGUGAAAACGACAAGCUGAGGCUGCAGUGUCGGAAUAAGUCUGUUCUAGCCAUCUACUCUGCAGUCUAUGGGAGGCCUUUGCGUGGGAAGCCGGAGUGCGAGACUGUGAAUGGGACCGGCCCUGACAUAGAAUGCCUGGCUCCUGAGGCGCUGAGGAAAGUCUCCCGAAGAUGUCACCGGAAGGAAAACUGCACCGUCAUUGCCGAUACAGCCACCUUUGGCAAUCCCUGCUUCCCUAGAGUGAAGAAGCAGCUCAGGGUCUCCUAUACUUGUGUGCCAAGGCAGCUAUUGGAGGAAGUGGGCCGCGAUUCCCACGAAGACCCCUUCUCGAUCUCGGACUACACGCAUGGUGGCUGGUACACCGGGCCAAGGCUGGCCAGACUUCAAGAUAAUCUGAUGAUAUUUACUAGCUCUCUGGAAACUUUUGCCCAUGUCUGGGGCGUUCCUGAGAAGGUGGGUUUCUAUUUCCUGUGUGGCGUUUCGGUGGGCCUGGUGUUUCUCCUCCUCCUCUUCGCCCCCAAAGCGGGCUUCUGCCGCGACUUGAAGGAGGCCUUCAAAGGCAAAGAGCUGAGCAACAGUUUAGAACUGGACAAGACCAAGUUCCAAGAUGGACGAGAGGACGAUAACCAGGACGACAGCUCCUCGGACUCCUCCUUCCGCCGCCUCACCCAGACCUACCGUAAUUCCAACAACAUCUUUGGGCCGGAGCUGACCGCAGCCCUGGAAGGAGCAGCUGACCAGAGGAAUCACGAGGGAGACGAGAUCUGGAUCCCCAAGGAGUCCAGCCCGUACGCCAUCCACAAAAUUAAGUCGGCCACCAAGUGAGAAGGGGACCGGCGUGAUCUAGGCU